AUGGAUCAUUUAGCAAAUGAAGCUGCAAUUGAAGGUUUAAGACCAGGACGUGUUAUAAUACUUCCAUCAAGUUUUCACGGCCGUCUUAGAGCAAUGCAACAGAACUAUCAAGAUGCAAUGGCAAUCAGAGAAAUCGAAGAACAACUUUUUCCUGGACAAACUCCAUCCGAUAGACGUGACCUAAUUACCAGAGUCUUUAAACUCAAACUUAAUGAACUUAUUGAUGAUAUCUUCAAGAAACAUGUAUUAGGACGAACAAUAGCGAAUGUCUUCGUAAUUGAAUUUCAAAAACGUGGUUUACCACAUUGUCAUAUGUUUAUUAUUUUGGCCAACGAAGAUAAGCCAAAGGAUGAAAAUCAUAUUGACCAUAUCGUCUGCAGUGAAAUACCAGAUCAAGACCAAUUUCCACAAUUAUAUGAAUGUGUGAGAAGGCACAUGAUUCAUGGACCAUGUGGAACAUUAAACCCACAUUCUCCUUGCAUGGAAGAUGGUAUAUGCUCAAAGCAAUUUCCAAAAGAAUUUCAAAAUGAUACUCUUCCAAAUAAAGAUGGAUAUCCACGAUAUCGAAGAAGAGAUACUGGAAUUACUAUGACUAUUGGCAAGCAUGAAGUUGACAAUAGAUGGAUUGUUCCAUAUAAUCCAUGUUUACUAAUGAAAUACAAUGCUCAUAUUAAUGUGGAAAUUUGUGCAACUGUGAAAAGUAUCAAAUAUUUAUUUAAAUACAUUUACAAGGGACAUGAUUGUGCUAACAUCAAAUUACAACGACCAAUUCAAGAAGAUGCUGCUGCUCAAGGAACUUUGGAAUGGGAUGAAAUUAAAGCACAUCUCGAUGCAAGAUAUGUAAGCGCACCUGAAGCUGCAUGGAGACUUUUUGAAUUUCCAUUACAUGAUAAGUCUCAUGCUAUUAUCCGAUUAGCUGUCCAUCUUUCAAAUCAACAGCCAGUUUAUUUUGCUGAAGAAAACGAACGAGAAGCAUUGGAAAGAGCUGCUACGAAAGACACCACACUUACUGCAUGGUUCAAAUUAAAUGCGAAAAAUCCAGAUGCUCGACAAUAUCUUUACCACGAUAUUCCACAACAUUUUGUUUUUGAACGUAAUGGAACAUGGAAACAUCGACUACAAGGUGAAAACGUCAUCGGUAGAAUGUACUCCGUCAGCCCCAGUGAUGUAGAACGCUAUCAUCUUCGAUUAUUACUGUUAUAUACUCCUGGUGCCUGUAGUUUCGAUGAUCCCAAAACAGUGGACGGUCAAGUCUGUCAAACAUUUAUGGAAGCUGCUAAAAGACAAGGUCUAUUACGUGAUGAUACUGAAUAUGAAAGAUGCAUGUCUGAAGCCGUUAUCUUCCAGAUGCCACAACAGCUAAGAAGAUUUUUUUGUGUAAUACUUCUAUACUGUAAUCCAACAAAACCUGUAGACCUCUGGAAUUCGUUUAAAGCACAUAUGACCGAGGACUUCAUGCAACAGAUAGAUGCUGAAACAGCAGAACCAAUGGCAUUUUAUGCAAUCGAUGGAAAGCUGAAAGAACAAGGUCGAAGUUGCAGUGAUUUUGGUAUAUCAUCAUCAACAUCUGUUCCUUAUUGA